UACUCACAUGGCAAUGGAGUGGCGUAAAAUGUAAAUUAGAAGUGUGAAAUAUAAAAAUAAUAGGUGGUUGUUGCCAUCCACUAUUCCACGAAAAAUUAUUCCACCCACUGCUUCGUCAUCUUCACUCCUACUACCAAAGCAGGUUUAUAUGAACUCGCUCCUCAUUAUCACAGCAGGGUGCAGAAGCAUUCAUGGCGAUUCCUCAAGCCCUAGCAACCGUGAUCCUCUACCUCUCUAUUUCUGCGGCCGCGACAACCGCCACCACCGCCGUCGACUUCAACUACCCAGCGAUUUUCAAUUUCGGAGAUUCAAAUUCAGAUACAGGUGAGGUCACCGCGGGAACUGGUGAGAUUCUGGACCCUCCCUAUGGACAGAGCUACUUUAAACGCCCAUCUGGGAGGUUUUGCGACGGCCGUCUCAUCAUCGAUUUUCUCAUGAAUGCAAUGGACCUACCUUUUCCCAAUGCCUACUUGGGGGCAGUUGGUGCACCACGUUUCCUUAAUGGCUGCAAUUUUGCUGCUGCUGGAUCUACAAUACUUCCUGCAACUGCUACAUCAGUCUGUCCAUUUUCUUUUGGGAUUCAGGUUGCUCAGUUUUUUCACUUCAAACUCCGGGUUACUGAACUGCUAGCCAAAGGGAACAAGUUUAAAAAGUACAUUCCACCUGCAGAUUUCUUCAGUCGAGGGCUUUACAUGUUUGACAUAGGCCAAAAUGACCUUGCUGGUGCUUUUUAUUCCAAAUCAGAGGACCAACUUAUUGCCUCAAUUCCAACUAUUUUGUUAGAAUUUGAGACCGGGGUCAAGAAACUGUAUGAUCAAGGAGCAAGAAACUUUUGGAUUCACAACACUGGCCCUCUUGGAUGCUUAGCCCAAAAUGUUGCUCAAUUUGGCAAAGAUCCUUCAAAACUGGAUGAAUUUGGAUGUGUCAGCUCUCACAAUCGUGCUGCCAAGCUCUUCAAUUUGCAGCUUCAUGCGCUCUGCACCAAGUUACAAGCCCAGUUUGUAAAUGCAAGUGUCACUUAUAUUGACAUCUUCACAAUCAAAUCUGACCUCAUUGCAAAUUAUUCUCGAUACGGUUUUGAGUAUCCAAUUACAGCAUGCUGCGGAUAUGGAGGACCUCCAUUGAACUAUGACAGCCGAAUUCGCUGUGGGCAAACUAAGACAUUAGAUGGGAGCUCGGCUACUGCAAAAGGUUGCAGUGAUGCUACUGAUUAUGUGAACUGGGAUGGAAUCCAUUACACAGAUGCAGCAAACCAAUUUGUUUCAUCACAAAUACUCACUGGAAAGUACUCCGAUCCACCUUUCUAUGAUAAGAUGCCAUUUCUUCUCAAGUUGAAGUUUUAAAAGAAUCCUAUUCAUUACUUCCUAGUGCUGUACAAUUACUUUCAAUGAAUAUGUGUGAAAUUUUUAAAAUCAUAAUUUGUUAUUCCUGAAAGCUGCUUGUUAU